AUGACGCCGCCGCAGUCCAACUUCGAUGCCACCAUAUUUCCGAAUAACGACGCCUCCUCAUUCAGUGACCACCAUAUCCAUAAUGUCGCAUCACCGUAUCAGCAGUCAUUUGCGAUUCGCACCUCCCGACCUCAGCGGCUCAACAACUCAUUCGGUUCUGGUUUCUACUCACAACGCCAAGAAUAUCACCUCAGGCGAAAGACUCCGAACGGAACCAUCGAUGCCGGUUACGAUGGAUCACCUUCACCCUUCUCGCAUGGUCCUCCGCCUGCAAAACAUCUAUUUCAGCCUCGCUCGGCAACUACUACAGCGUUCCCUUUGACCAGCCCGUCGACUCACCACCCUCGCUUCGCAACUGAGAUCGACCCUCAUCAUUCACCUUCAGCCGGUAACAAAGUGUUUGAAGAUAACCUGCAAGCCCGUUCCAGGUCCUCCACCUGGGCUUAUGCGGGCGAUGCCGUACCACACCAUGAUGCCUUUCCUGGCAACUAUUAUGCCUUCCAUCAAGCUGAGCCGCAAUUUAAUCCAUAUGGUCAGCCCGAAACGCCUGGAUUCCCAAAUCUUUACCAGCCAGUGAUAAGAGCUCACGAGUACAACGUCAGGGCAUUCUGUCCGCCGCCAGUCGUCAUGAACGAAUCGUUGCCUUUUGGUCAACCAGCCACCCACAUGCCUUGGAAUUUCCACGCCCAGUCUGGUGUUAUUCACAGACAUGAUCAACAGCAAGCUCUUCGCCCGUUCCAGCAUCAGGCUGUUCCAGGGAUUUCACGCCCAUCUUCUUUUUCUCAUGCCAUUGGGGCAGAACCCCAGGGCCACCUCGGCAAUGACUUGGGUAUGCCCAUUCAAUUAUAUACCGGAAUUGCUCAUUUAAGCAACUCCCAAGGGUUCAGAGAGAAAGUGAUAUUGCAGGCUCACAAGGUUUACAUUGAUCUUCUGGCAUGCACGCAAGCCAUUCGAAAACCAAAUCCGACCAAAAAUGCGACAGGGCAUAAUACAUCACCAAGGCUUCUCGUAUACCCCAAGCCCCCGAAACCGUCCUCAAGGGUCUCAGAGGCAGUUUUUGGGCAGGAGGUUGCACAUUUCAGGCCGUCCCAAGAAAAUGAACACUAUCAGGGAUAUAGCAGGAGACAUUCGGCACAUAGCUUCUAUGGGUCCUCAAACAAUUACUUCCCCAUGGGAAACGCCACUCCAUUCACCGCAGCCAAGUCUACGUUGGAAUUGCUCAGUAACCUCUGCGAACAGAGCAGCUGGAGUUGGAUUGAUGGAAUGAUGUUGGGGGGGUGUCUGUAUUAUGGUCUGGAACAAUAUCAAGAGGCACUUGAAUGGUUCUCGAGAAUCCUUGCCCUUGACUCGAGCGAUGUCGAGGCAAUCACGAACAAAGCCGCCACUCUUUAUUGUCUCAAUCGUCAAGAUGAGGCCGAAAAACAUUGGAUUCGAGCUGUCGAGGUGCAACCCAGUUACCUAGAAGCCGUUGAGCACCUAGUUGGUCUGCUAUACAAGAAGCGCAGCAAGGAAGCUGUUGAUAUUAUCGACCAUAUCCAGCGCGCUCUAAGAAUAUCUUCGGUGCAAGAUCAACGACAUGGGCCUCAGGGCCAAUUGGCGAAAACUCCUGGCUUUGCAUCAAGUGGUUAUGCACUGCCCGCAAAAGAGAAUGGACGCAUACUGGCUCUGAUACAUGCAAAGGGGACCAUGCUAUAUAGUCUUAAAGAAAUCAACAAGGCAUCAGAAGCAUUUGAGGAAGCCGUGUUGAUCAGUGUUGGUCGUCGAAUGACUAGCAUACAGGAUCUUGUCCGUCAGACUCAGGUAGCGCUAUCACCAAACGAGAGUUUAGUACCGAAUGGGCAAGUCGGUUACAGCACGCGGCCCUUGCUACUCCCCCCCGAGCGUGCUCGUCACACUGCACAGCUGGUUUUUGGUGGCAACGGAGCUCUGCCAGGACUACAGCAUGUGCCUGAAGGCUCAACUAAGCGAGCGGCCGUACAGACAACAAGUAAUUCGCUACUAUCACUGGCAAAGAUAUUCCAGGAUUCCUUAUCAACUGGGCAAGGUGCACCAAACAUCCUGCGGCGCCCUUCGGGGGUUGAAGAUAUCCUAGCUCUCUAUUAUCUGUCUUUGUCCCUUCAGGAAAGUCCUUCUACGGCCAAUAAUGUCGGCAUCCUCCUUGCUGGCGUGCAACAGGCCGCAUCCAACCCACCAAGGCCAAAUUUGGAUGCUCCCCCCCAUCCAGGUAUUCCUGGAAUUGUGCCAGGGAGUGGUCUGGCGUUGGCUCUGGCCUAUUAUCACUACGGCUUACGUUUGGAUCCCAAGCACGUUCAUUUACACACGAAUCUGGGAAGCUUACUCAAAGACAUUGGUCAAUUGGAUCUCGCUAUCCAAAUGUAUGAACAGGCAGUGUCAUGCGACGGGACCUUCGACAUUGCCCUGACUAACCUCGCCAACGCUGUCAAGGACAGGGGACGCAUUAAUGAUGCAAUCUCGUACUACAAACGGGCAGUCAACUCAAAUCCCGACUUCGCUGAGGCUGUUUGCGGUCUCUCUACCGCUCUCAAUUCAGUUUGUGACUGGAGGGGCCGAGGUGGGGUCAUACUCAAAGCUGGGAAAUACGAUCGAUGGCAUGUUGAUGACAACGGCCAGCUUAUCGAUGCUCGAGCUACUGGGCAUGAAGAUGGCCUCGUAAGCCGUGUUGUUCGCACUAUCAAUCGUCAGUUGAGCGAGGCAUCACAUUGGGGACGUGGUAUCCUCGAUGAUAACCGCAUCGCUACUUUGGCGCAACAGAUCCAAGAUCUCGGCCUGGGUGAAUCACACGAGAUCCAGCAAGGCCUGAGAAACUGGAGGAACAAGCGGUGGGAGGGUGCGCGCAUCGUUCGCUUGGUAGAGCGCGCGACUCGUGCAACUCAAUGGAAGUGGUAUCGUGAUCGUUACAUAUCUCCUAACCAAGAACCCGCUCGGUACACUCGCAUCCGUUUGCCCAACGGCCUUGCAGUACCUUCAGCGCCUACGGUCCUGCCGUUUCACACAUUCACUUGCCCCCUAUCUGCGAAAGACAUACGACUCAUUUCUCAGCGCAAUGGAAUCCGAAUCUCCUGCUCGACACUGCGAUUGCCAUGGCUACCUUCGACGGUCUACCGUCCGCCUCCUCCCCCAAACCCUCAUCUGAACAUAGGAUAUGUGUCAUCAGACUUUAAUAAUCACCCUCUCGCUCACCUAAUGCAAUCAGUAUUUGGAUUCCAUGAUCCUCGACGUGUGCGCGCAUUUUGCUAUGCUACGACGACGAGCGAUCGGUCUAUUCAUCGACAGCAGAUCGAACGCGAAGCUCCUGUCUUUCGUGACGCCAGCAGCUGGCCUGCAGACAAACUAGUCGAACAAAUCAUUAGCGAUGAGAUUCACAUCCUUGUAAAUCUCAACGGCUAUACACGAGGAGCUCGCAACGAGGUCUUUGCCGCACGACCUGCGCCAGUUCAAAUGUCAUUCAUGGGAUUUGCGGGUACACUAGGUGCUGAAUGGUGCGACUACAUAUUAGCAGAUAGCACAGCCAUUCCUCCCGAGACGCUACGACCCUGGCGUGGGAACUCCAAGGUCACCGACGUGUUUGAAGAUGAGACAGAGGGUGAAGGCGAGGAUUGGAUGUACUCCGAGAACAUCAUUUUCUGUCGAGAUACGUUCUUCUGUUGCGACCAUGCCCAGUCUUGUGACGAGGGUGAACGGUUGAUCACUUGGGAACAGGAGCAGCAACGUCGCUGGAAGAUGCGAAAAGAAAUCUUCCCUGCCCUGGCCAAUGACACUAUAAUCAUGGGCAACUUCAAUCAGUUGUACAAGAUCGAACCUACUACAUUCAGGACAUGGCUACGAAUUCUAGCGCAGGUUCCAAAGGCGGUGAUAUGGCUUCUUCGAUUUCCCGAACUAGGAGAAGCCAACCUACGCCGGACAGCAAAGGAAUGGGCCGGAGAGGAAGUCGCCAGUCGCUUGAUGUUUACUGACGUUGCGCCAAAAAGUCAGCACAUUUCAAGGGCUCGAGUAUGCGAUUUAUUUCUCGACACCCCAGAAUGCAAUGCUCAUACAACGGCGGCAGAUGUUCUUUGGUCAAGCACGCCUCUACUUACACUUCCUCGUUAUCCUUACAAGAUGUGCUCUCGAAUGGCGGCGUCAAUUCUCAAGGGUGCCCUGCCAAAAUCGGACGAAGGUCGACAGGCUGCAGACGAACUGAUUGCCGGGGGCGAAGAAGAAUAUGAGCAGCGUGCGGUCAAACUUGCCAGCCAGCUCAAUUACACAAUGUCAGCGAGUGGCUAUGGUCAGGGAGAGGGUCGUCUAGCCGAGAUACGUAAGUUGUUGUGGGAAAGCAAGUGGCAUUGCGGGCUAUUUAACACAAGAAGAUGGGUUGACGAUGUCGAGACGGCGUACGAGGAAGCAUGGCGGCGAUGGGUCUCUGGCGAAGGUGGUGAUAUUCACCUAUGA